AUGACUAAAGGUAACGGAGAAGAUCCAAAACCUGGAAGUAGGAUGGAACGAAUUCAACAAGGAGUCCGGAAACGUACACUUUUGGCAAAAAGAAAAGUGCAGAGCAUAACAAAGGAUGAUGUUAAAAGUUAUUUAAUGAGGAAUGCCUUUGUGCUCUUCACCGUUGUUGCUGUGAUUCUUGGUGUAAUCCUGGGAUUUUCUCUUCGAUCAUAUAAGAUGAGUUAUCGGGAAGUGAAGUACUUUUCAUUUCCAGGAGAACUACUCAUGAGAAUGCUGCAGAUGCUGGUCCUGCCACUAAUUGUAUCCAGUUUAGUCACAGGAAUUGCUGCCCUGGAUAGUAAAGCCUCAGGGAAGAUGGGAGUCCGAGCUGUAGUCUACUACAUGAGCACUACAAUCAUUGCUGUACUGAUUGGCAUAAUCAUUGUGGUCAUCAUCCACCCCGGGAAAGGUACGAAGGAAAACAUGCACAGAGAAGGCAAAAUUGUGCAAGUGACAGCAGCAGAUGCCUUCCUUGAUUUAAUCAGAAAUAUGUUCCCUCCAAAUCUGGUAGAAGCUUGCUUUAAACAGUUCAAAACCAACUAUGAAAAGAGAAAGUUUAAAGUAGCCAUUCCAUCCAAUGACACAUCCACAGUGACUUCCAUAAUAAGCAACGUGUCAGAAGCUAUGGAAGCUCUCACCCGAAUGAAAGAGGAAAUAGUUCCUGUUCCUGGUUCUGUGAAUGGAGUGAAUGCCCUUGGAUUGGUGGUGUUCUCAAUAAGCUUUGGCCUGGUGAUUGGGAGCAUGAGGGAGCAGGGUCAGGCACUGAAAGAUUUCUUUGAUAGUCUUAAUGAGGCUAUCAUGAGAUUGGUAGCUCUAAUCAUGUGGUAUGCUCCACUUGGAAUUCUCUUCUUGAUUGCUGGGAAAAUUGUUGAGAUGGAAGAUAUGGGUGUGAUUGGUGGUCAGCUUGCCAUGUACACUGUAACAGUUAUCAUCGGUUUGCUAAUUCAUGCUGUCAUUGUCCUACCUCUUCUCUACUUCGUCAUCACUCGUAAGAAUCCAUGGGUAUUUAUUGGAGGCUUAAUCCAGGCAUUAGUCACAGCUUUGGGAACAUCUUCCAGUUCUGCAACACUACCUGUUACAUUUAAGUGUCUAGAAGAAAUCAAUGGAGUGGACAAACGAGUUACAAGAUUUGUACUCCCAGUUGGUGCUACAAUUAAUAUGGAUGGAACUGCUUUGUAUGAGGCUUUGGCUGCAAUUUUCAUUGCACAGGUCAACAACUUUGAUCUGAACUUUGGACAGAUUAUCACAAUCAGCAUCACUGCUACAGCUGCCAGUAUUGGGGCUGCAGGCAUUCCUCAGGCUGGGCUGGUCACCAUGGUCAUUGUGCUCACAUCAGUAGGUUUGCCUACAGACGAUAUCACUCUUAUCAUUGCAGUGGACUGGUUCUUGGAUCGUCUCCGUACCACUACCAACGUCUUGGGAGACUCCAUUGGAGCAGGAAUUGUUGAACAUUUAUCACGGCACGAGCUGAAGAACAGGGAUGCUGAGAUGGGUAAUUCUGUGAUAGAGGAGAAUGAAAUGAAGAAACCAUACCAACUGAUCUCACAAGAAAAUGAGAAUGAGAAACCAAUAGAUAGUGAAACCAAGAUGUAG